CAGGCACAAACUGCGAUGCACUUCAAAGUGACAAGUCCUGCAGGCAGCAGCCGAUUCAAGCCUUGUGUGUUUUCAGUGUAUUUUCGAUGUUAGGGUUUGUUUUUUUAAGCGCUGGAAGAUAAGUUCUAAUUUAUGUAAUUUACUUAUUUUACGACUAGAUCUUGUUUUUAUUGAAAAUACUAAACAAAAAAAAAGCCGAACUUGUUGCCCGGCUUCCGAUAUAUUUAAAUAUAAUUUACCACCGAUUACAACUUGAGGGGUGUUUUUGGCGUUAAAGGGAUGGACACGCAUGCAGUCAAGCAGAGAGAGCUCUUGUCUGCAGUGGGUAGCUAGCCAUGCCUAGCUAGUUGUCUUAUCCUGCUGGACUCUUCCCUUCUACCUGAACCUUGGUCAUAACCUCCAGGACUUUUAAGCCCCUUGGCCCUCUCUGAACUGGAACAUCCCGCGGGGCAACAUGGGGGAAAGACGGGCACACUCCUUUCACAUGACGUGCCAUGUGCAACGCGACUAUGGCAGCAGGCUGGGGAGCUCCUUCAUAAGUUACAGCCCCAAUGGAUAUGCCAGCACAAGCCUCAGCCUGGACCAGGAGAUGGAUGCUGACCCUGCAGCCUCCAUUGGCACUACAACUACGAGUUCUGCCCUGUGGGCUCCUGCACCUGACAGUAGCCACUACUCUCCCGUUUCACUGGAACUGGACCCCUCAUCGGUGAAUAAUGGAUCAGGCAUUCCCUGUUGUCCGCCAGCGGACACAAAGGACCCAGCAUUGCAGACACUACACAGCCAGCCCUCUAUCACCUCUGUCCCCCCAUCUCUCCCUCGUUCGAGCUGGCUGCGUCAUCAUCAAAAGGAUUUCCAGAGCCCUUACAUCAAGACUAGCAUGCAGGGGGAUGUUUACAACUUCCUAGAGAGACCUGCUGGACUGAAAUGCUUCCUCUACCACUUCCUCGUCUUCCUCAUGGUCCUGGUGUGUCUAAUCUUCAGCGUCCUGUCCACUAUAGAGCAAUAUGCAGACUUUGCCACCGGAACCCUCUUUUGGAUGGAGAUUGUGCUGGUGCUGUUCUUUGGCACAGAGUAUGUGGUCCGGCUGUGGUCGGCAGGCUGUCGCAGCAAAUAUGCAGGCAUCAAAGGACGCCUCCGCUUUAUCAGGAAACCCAUAUCAAUCAUAGAUUUGAUAGUGGUCAUUGCCUCAAUCAUUGUGCUUGGUGUAGGGUCAAAUGGCCAAGUGUUUGCCACGUCUGCUAUCAGGGGCAUCCGUUUCCUCCAAAUCCUGCGCAUGUUACAUGUGGAUCGACAGGGAGGAACGUGGAGGCUCCUGGGAUCUGUAGUCUUUAUUCAUCGACAGGGUGAAUGCACAGACCACACUCCGCCUUCCUGGUCCUGCUGCAAUUUACUGCUUAUUACGACAAAUCCAGUGUGCACAGUCAGAAAUGCAUGCACAUGUGCACAAAUAGGCUACAGCAGACCUGGCUUUAUAAGGAGAAGAAGAGAGAUUGUCAAGGAGCUGAUCACCACCCUGUACAUCGGCUUCCUGGGCCUGAUCUUUUCCUCCUAUUUUGUCUACUUGGCGGAGAAGGAUGCUGUGGAUGAGGAGGGCAAGACAGGCUUCUCCAGCUACGCCGAUGCCCUGUGGUGGGGCGUGGUGACUGUCACCACAAUCGGCUAUGGAGACAAAAUUCCUCAAACGUGGAUAGGCAAGGCCAUCGCCUCCUGCUUUAGUGUCUUCGCCAUCUCCUUCUUCGCUCUGCCUGCUGGUAUCCUGGGCUCAGGGUUUGCCCUGAAAGUCCAACAGAAGCAGAGACAGAAGCACUUCAACAGACAGAUCCCUGCUGCAGCCUGCCUCAUCCAGACGCUUUGGAGGUGCUAUGCAGCAGAGAAACCAUGUGGCUGUGCUGCUACAUGGAAAAUGUAUGUUCUCACUCCAGAGGCUGUGACCACAGUGGAAUCUGACAACUCCAGCCCUCACGUCAGGAAACUGAACAUAUCGAAAAAGGGGACCAAGAGACGUUUGAAGUCCAGAGGUAAUGGCUCUAUGGUUGUGGCCUCAGAGAGGGCUGUAUCGAUCCCCCAGAUCAUCAUUGAUGACUCAGUGGAGAAGAAAGAUGUCUCAUUUUUCCUGGAAGAGCCAAGGGAGGCUGUUGAAGGAAUCACCAGAAUGUUCAGACAAGCAGGCCCUCCUCAUCAUUCUUGGUCAUCUUUCACUCUGAGCUGCCCUGGCUCUCCAGUAAAGAGGAAUCAUGAUAACAACACCUCCUUCGACAUCUCCCGCGCCAACAGCUUAACCGAUGAACUGGACUACAUGAGUGAGGACAUUCCCCUGCCUGUCGUGACUAACAAAGCUCAGUUUUCCCAGCCAGUCAAGAAUUCACACCUGGAGACAAGUGGCCUCAAGCCAGCUUCUGAGUUGUCCCAUGCCCAGAGAUCAGCUGUAAAAGUUCUCCGCAGAAUGCAGUACUUUGUGGCUAGGAGGAAAUUUCAGCAAGCGCGGAAGCCCUAUGAUGUGCGAGACGUGAUCGAGCAGUAUUCCCAGGGUCACCUCAACAUGAUGGUCCGCAUCAAGGAGCUACAGAGAAGGCUGGACGGCACACUGGGGAAGCCAGGAAUGUUUCUACCAGGAAAAGGGGAAGAUAAAGAAUACCCAACUAUUGGAGCGCGAAUGAUCAGGCUGGAAGAUAAGGUCCAUCAGAUGGACCAGAAAAUGGACUCAGUGCUGCGGAUCCUGAUGGAGCAGUUUCCACCCAAGCCGGAGCUGACAUCCAAGCCCUCCAUCCGCAGGGUGACCAUCCAGAAGCGCAUGGGUGUCAGCAUCGACGAGGGGCCCUGAUGUCUCAGCGAUGGUCACACUGGGUAUGAUGGUGUCGUCACCAAAGGAGAAUUAAAGGACCAGGAGUUCACAUAAACAGCCUAGCCCCCUACAUGGGGGGGCAGCCUGCAAAUAACAAGAGGACUCAGUCUUCCAAAAACCCCUCCCUCUCUUUCAUUUGCAAUCCCAAAUUUUCUCAUUGACUUUUGACCACUGAGAAGAGAACAACUUUUAAUUGUUUGCUUAGCGCUGCGUUACUCUUGGUCAUGAGGGCCACUGAGAGUGUGAUUCAUGGUGUAGAAAGAAGGCUGACUGACCUCGUCCUUCUGAUGAUUGUUGGCCCUGUUUGGGUCUUCUUUUGUUGUCUAAAUGUAGCUUUUUCUUCUGCACUAGCAUUGUGGGCCUUCCCUAGCAGCUCACAAUCAUUCAAGCAGCGACACGCUGCAUGAAUUUAUUUCACUGCAUUAGCCUCAUAAUCACACUACUCAGAUAAUGUUAAUUUAUGUGUGGCCUGUCACUGAGCUGCAUUCCUCUACUCCAAAUAUUAUUCCAAAGCUAACUAACCCAGUAAUGAAGUCGUAAUGCAAUCAAAGCACUCAAAUUCCCCAAAGACACAGAGAAAAACUGAGAGUCCAGCCAUGGCAGAGGCAUUCCUCAAAUCCUUCUGAUUAUCUUGGCACCAUACACACCCAGUACACAACAGGGUUAUUUCCAUAGCCACAUAUCCAUCUAGCCUAACUGUACUUAGGCUGCGGUGGGUGUUUGUUAGUAGUGAUCGAAUAACACGAGGAGGGAAGGGCAGAUUAUCUGUUGACGUUGCCCUGCUUUAGGGACCGGAAGGCUGGAGUAAAAGAAAUGGAACUAAAGAAAUGUGUCUGGGGUGGGUGGCUAACAUGGUGCUGAUUUAUAGCUAUGUUGAAGCUAAUAAAAAUAGCCAAACUGCCGUGAAAGGACCUGGUUCUGUGUCACAGGAAUACAGUCCGAUGUAAUGGCAUGGGUCCUCAGUUUGCUCCAAGAUUUUCACUGAGAGAUUUCAUAUGUAUAUCAAUCUCAAACACCUUUAGCAGAAGCACUACUCAUACCACCACCAGGACUCUGCUUAAUAUCCUCUAUUUCCCUAUGCAGGGGGCUCACACUGCUGUGUGCAAUUUGAAAUAAAUUUGCCCCAUUAAAGCUGUGAUUAUUAUUUCUCUCCAGAGCUAAUUAAGUGCUGAAUUCCUGGUAAGGGGAGAUUACUCACUGUGAGCGACUAAUGAAAAGAAACACUGGAAAAUGUGCAGAAUUUAAACAGUAAGCUUUGAGGAGCAGGGGCGCUAAUUCUGUGUGAAAGGUUUGGAAAUAUCAGGCUACCACUGAGAGCACGCGUUUGACAUAAAAAGAUAAUGCUCUCAUUUUGUUCCCAUACUCAUAGUAUUUAUCUGACAGGACGCUGAGGCAUGUAGGAAGUAGAAAAUAGAAAAUAACUCAGCUAUGUAGCUACUGUAUGAAAGGCUUCCCAUAAUUAUAGCAUGUACAUUCUUAAAAAGAUGGAUGCACACACAAAAGAGGGGUAAAAAAGGGAAGGGGAAAGAGGAGAGGCUUUCUCUCUGCACUAGUAUAUAUUUUCAUAUUUUUGCGGUGGUUAAAAAAUAGCUAUUAUUUAUCUUACAUUAAAUAAAGUUGUAUUUUAAAGGCAUUCUAAUUUUGUGACAGACCUUGAUACGUAUCUGCUCGUCUGUCCUCCUGUACAGUUUUAUAAAAGUUGUAAAUAGAAACAUUGCCUUAUUGUACUGUAUUUAUUAUCAUGUGAAAAGAUCAACCUGGAACAUGUCUGCUUGUUGGAGUGAUGAGAAACACAGAGAGUGAGGCUCCUGUUUUACAGAUGGAUGGAAAUGAUUGUAAAUGAUAUUCACGCACACCCUCUGCACUGUAGCUCUGCUGUAAAUAAUAAAACUCCAUUUCAUUACA